AGCAACAAUUUACCUGAUAACUCAUCAAACAGUAACACCGAUGAAACCAGCAGUUCACAAAGUUUCCCAAAUGUGCAUUCCAAACUAUCUGAACCCAAUUACCGAGGAACUGAUGUGACUCAGAUAUCGGAUGGUCAGAUUUGCCUGCAGGGACCUGCACUUGAGACAUUAGAUUGGCAAGACUCUCGUGCUCAUGUUGAAGGAGAUGGCCUACAUGAUUUGAAAACUGAAUCAAGAGAUUCACGGUCAUCAAACAAUGCUGGGAUCGAAAGAAGAGAUGACUCUCCACAAAGUGUUAAUGUGGUGUCACCUGAAGAUACUUCCAAGGAACUUUCCCGACCACAUUUGCCAAUUGAAGAUACAGAGCAUUGCUCUAUGCAGGUAUUCAGUGAGGACCAGAACGAACAGUCCGAUCAUGGAAAUUAUUUAGAGGGAAAUAUCAUUGAUGACGAUGACUUGAACGAACCUGUUUCCCUGGAAGGAGAGCUACCAGUAGGUUUUGGAAAUGACGGAAGUGAUUGUCUUCCAGUUGACGUUGAACAUAGAGAUAGCCCUGAGGAGAAAAGUAUGGAUCUUAAUCAUCCAGCUUCUGCUUCAAACGAUUGGCCCCAACACAUGUUGGAGAACGAAGAUGGAGGAGACUCCUAUGUUCAAGAAGCAUCUGAAUUGCGUCCACAAGAUGAUGAAGCUCUAGAACCGGUUGAAAAUUUGUUGGGAGGACCUUCUGAUUAUGAAGGUGCUGCGACAGUUGGCAGAGCUCAGGUACUUUAUUUUUCUGAUGAUGACAAUGCGUAUGGUGGAGAACUCGGUGAACUGUUAAGUAGGAGACGCGUUUCUAAUCUCCUCAGCAGCAGUUUCCGUGGUAAUCUGGAUCAGUUGGUACAAUCAUACGUUGAAAGGCAGAACCAUGCUCAAAUGGAGUGGGAGCUGCAAGAGGGGAAGAAGAUCAAGAGGAGCGUGCGAUGGAUCAGAUUGGUGGUCAAGACACUACGGUUUACCUGCCCUCAUCACCAACUCAAUCUUCUCCACACCGACACUUGCAUAACGAUAAUUGGCCACAAGAUGACAUGAAUAAUCAACAUACUGGCAUUGAGUGGGAGAUUAUUAAUGGCUUGAGGAUUGACAUGGCUGUGCUACAGGAGAGAAUGAAUGAAAUGCAGAGAAUGUUGGAGGCCUGCAUGGAUAUGCAGCUUGAGCUGCAACGCUCAUUAAGGCAGGAAGUUUCUGCAGCACUUCAUUCCUCAGAUGAUGGGUCAACAAGGUUGCAAGACCAUGAUUCCCGAGAAGAUAAAUCUAAGUGGGAGUGUGUGAGGAAAGGACUUUGCUGUAUAUGUUGUGAGAGCAGUAUUGAUUCUUUAUUGUACAGAUGUGGGCACAUGUGUAUGUGCUUGAAAUGUGCGAAUGAAUUGUUGGAAGGCAAGAGAAAGUGCCCAAUGUGUCGAGCACCUGUGGUGGAGGUGGUACAUGCUUAUGCGAUAGUAUAAUGUCGACAUUAAUAGGUCACACUUACAAAGUUUAGGACCCUGACAAGUUUCAGCUUCUGGACCUUUCUUGCUUUGAUUCCUGUAUCUAUUUAUGAUAGGUGCCACCAUGGUAAUGGAACGCCCAAUGGCAUAUUUUUGGGCCAUUGAUCCUGAUUCUAGUAAAUUUCAAUAGCUUAACGUUCUUCGCAAAACCACCGUAUCUCUAAAGCUUGAGCAACUACGGCUCCGUCUCCGGCUGCAUGUCCCCAUUGCACUACCUUGUCGCCACGUUUCACCAUUCUCGACAGUCGAUGCUACGUGUCGACGUCCAACGACCUGAUCGCUAGUUGGCUGCGCCUUAGCCGACUCUGCCUGCUGUUGUUCCCCAACAAAAAAUUUUGUUCCCCGACAAAUCGGGCAUGUCACGUGCGAGGAUAGCCAUCUGUCGAUGCAUUGCUGGUGGAACACGUGCUUACAGUUGGGAACCAUCUUAACGGUCUCACCGAUCUCGAAUUCGCUGAGGCAGAUGGCGCAGUCCUCCUGGUUUUUUGCCUCUGCGUUGUACCGAAACCCCGGCAAGGACUGGACGGUGGUUUGGUCGAGACCACCGCACGAGGAUGAUGGAGAAUAAUAAUUAGAGGACGCCGAUGGCAAGUAGCGGGCGGGCGCGGGGGAGUGGUCGGCAAACCGUCGCAUGAACAGAACGAUGAAGGCUAUUAAGAGCAGGACGAUGAUGACGAUGCAAGCGACUUCAGAAUUGAAGGUUACAGGCGCUGAUAGUUUCAAAGGUGUUACGAACAAUGAAGCCGACAGUGGCGCGGCCGUUAACCUUGGUGGUGAAGAGGCGUCGUUGGAGGAGGGCUCAUCUUCGUUCAGCAGGAGCAGUCUCCGAUUGUAGAGUUCCAUUUUCUCUGGAAUCAGAAACCAGAAAUAUAGCGAAGAGCUAUUAGUUAUUACCCUUGAGAGAGGAUUGAGGGAAUCUGUGGGAUGAAUGAUGAAGGAAAGCAGAGUGGGGUUUAUAAGGACAGGUUAUUUAAUGUAUUGAGGGGUGACGUGAUGGGGACUAAUUGUGGGAGCCACCAUAUCUCGUCGGUGACUCUGGAGUUUACAAGAAUUUUACUGCUGAUCUGAAACAUUGUAAGAUUGCAAAUGGAUAAGGUAGAAUUUCUUUUCCAAUGGAAAA